AUGGACAGUGCAUAUAAUCCAUUCAACAUACAUCAGGGAGAAGAAAAAUCUGGAAAUUCUAUUAUAGUAUGUAAUGGUAAACCGAUUAAAACUAAUUUACACAAUCUUUUGGAAAUAAAUAUUCUAAAAACGAUGCAUAGAGAUGAAUUUAAUGAGUACCAACGAAAAAUUAAACAAUUUAGACAAUUAACUGAAGAAGAAAGGAAUAUAUUAAAAGGUGUAGAGAGAAAAAUCAAAGCUCAAGAAAGUUUACGGAAAUGUCGUAUUAAAAAGAAAGAAGAAAUUCUCACUAUGGAAAAAGAAAUUGCUUUGAUGAAACGUAAAACUAGUGAACUACAAAAAGAAAAUGAUCAAAUUGCAGAUAUUCUCAGUGAAUGUGAAAAUUGUAGAAAUAAUAUUAUUUUGAAAUAA